UAAAGUUUAGCAGCUUGAAAGCGAGCAGCCUCUUCAGUCCGUAGUAAAAGAAGGCUCGUCUUCAAAUGAUCGGAUGAUGGACUUCACCUCACGCACACGCUGACGGACUCUACGCGCUCUCCUGAACGCACUUUGCGGAUUGAAAUGGUUUACGUUCCUGUUCGUCGACUGUUUGUUUUUUUCCCCUCAGCGAUUGUGAAGACUUGAUCGGUGACCGAGUUUUUUUUUUUUUUUUUUUAUUGCGCUGCAGCUCGUGGAUGAUCCAAAAUGACUUUUACUAAAUGGCCGCUGGUUGGAGCUUAGUGCUGAUCUAUUGAAGAGCACUAUGAGAAGAUGACAACAAGCAGCCUUUAAUCCAGGAAGAAUUCCUCUUCUCUGUGUACAGAGUCUACUAACCGCGUGUAAGGACCACUGGGAGUACAAGAAUCAAGUCAAGGACACGUUCACUCCUCCUCAGCCUGCAGGAAGAUGGGAGUGAGAAAAUAAAGCUCUGCGGAUUCGAGGGAGGCUUAAUGAAUUCCGUGGAAAUUUAAAACAAACGGUGUACAUUUGUGUUUGUCCGUGUGAGAGGAUCAGGCAACCAUGUGGACAUUAGCUGCGACUGUCCACUGUCUUCUGGCUGCUGCGCUGCUAUUGGCUGGCUGCCUCCAAUCACUGAAGGCCACUGAGGAUGAUGUCACACCACGCAUCAGUUUCCCUUACAAUGCAAAGGAGAGGUCAGCCAAGAGAUUCUCAGUGGACGGCGUCUUCAAUUACACCUCCUUGCUGCUCAGCCAGGAGGACGACAUGCUGUACGUCGGAGCCAGGGAGGCGCUGUUUGCCCUCAGCCUCUCGGACAUCAGCAAGACCAAGCUCCAGAAGAACCUGACGUGGGGCACUCCUGCUGGAAAAAGAGAGGAAUGCAGCUUCAAAGGGAAGAACCUGGAGACUGAUUGCUUCAAUUACAUCAAAAUCCUCCUGCGGCUGAACAGCACUCAUCUCUAUGUGUGUGGCACCUAUGCCUUCAGUCCUAUUUGCGCCUACAUAAACACGUCAACAUUCACACUGGAGAGAGAUGACGUGGGUGAGGUCGUGAUGGAAGAUGGGCGCAGUCGCUGCCCCUUUAAUCCAGAGUAUAAAUCCACUGCCAUCAUUGUUGAUGGUGAAUUGUACACUGGCACUGUCAGCAACUUCCAGGGGAAUGAGCCAGUCAUUUACAAGAGUUUGGGUCAGGGAACUGCUCUGAAGACAGAAAACUCUUUAAAAUGGCUGCAAGAUCCAGUCUUUGUCGGGUCAGCUUACAUAGAGGAGAGUCAGCCAAUAGGAAACCCCGUGGGAGACGACGACAAAAUUUACUUCUUCUUUAGCGAGGCGGGGAAAGAAUUCGACUUCUUUGACAACACCAUUGUGUCGAGGAUUGCUCGCGUGUGUAAGGGUGAUAAAGGCGGCGAACGGGUGCUGCAGAAAAAAUGGACGACCUUCCUAAAGGCCCAGCUCCUGUGUUCCCUCCCCGAUGACGGCUUCCCCUUCAACAUCCUCCAGGACAUGUUUGUCCUGAAGCCCAUGGGAGACAGCUGGGAGAGCACCGUCUUUUACGGCGUCUUCACCUCGCAGUGGUAUAAAGGAGCAUCAGGCAGCUCGGCUGUGUGCGCUUUCACCAUGGCACAGGUGGAGAGGGCCUUCAACGGGCGCUACCGAGAGGUCAACCGGGAGACCCAGCAGUGGUACACAUACAACCACCCAGUGCCAGAACCACGGCCAGGAGCGUGUGUGACCAACCACGCCAGGCAAAUGGGUAUCCAGUCGUCCUUGCACAUGCCUGAUAAAGUGCUCAACUUUGUCAAGGACCAUUUCCUGAUGGACAGCGUGAUCCGUAGCGCUCCCCUGCUGCUGAAACGCAGCGUGCGCUACACACAGAUCACCGUUCACAAGAUCCAAGGCAUGGAGAGGGCCUAUGACGUGCUCUUCAUCGGAACAGAUGAUGGAAAGCUCCAUAAGGCCAUCAAUGUCAACGAUAAGAUGCACAUCAUAGAGGAGAUGAUCCUGUUUCCUGAGCCUCAGCCAGUGCAACACAUCGAACUCGAUCCUCAGAGGGGUCUGUUGUUUGUGUCGUCCAACUCCGGGCUGGUGGAGGUUCCUGUGGCCAACUGCUCCAACUACCUCAGCUGUGGAGAGUGUGUGUUGUCCAGAGACCCGUACUGCGCCUGGACCGGACGUCUGUGUCGGGACGUCAGGAUGGCUCCACCUGACAGUCACUGGCAGCAGGAUGUGGAGGAGGCCGAUACGUCAGCGAUUUGUAACAAGACGUUCCCCAGCACCAGAUCUGCCAGACCAGCAGCUUCUCGUGUCUCCCAAUGCAAGCUCAUUAUAAUCCCAGCCAACACAUUCAGAGUCCUGCCUUGUAAGCUGCGAUCCAACCUAGCACAGAGAAGGUGGCGUUACAGUGACAGCGCCAGCCAGUUCCUCUACGCUACACCUGAGGGAAACCUGGUCGUGGUGGCGCAAGCCGACAGGAUGGAGACCUACGAGUGCUGGUCAGAAGAGGAGGGUUUCAGCCAGCUGUUAGCCAACUACUGUGUGAGGGCGGAGCCCCGCCAGGAAAGCACCACUCUGAUUGGUCACUCCCGCACACCGCACAUUGAGCAAGAACAGUCCAUCAUCUUUCCCGGCGAGUCUCGUUCUGAGCAGCUCCACACGAAGACGUACUGGAACGAGCUGAUUGUGGUGUGCGCCCUGCUGGCGUUCUCCCUGGUGGUGUUCUCCUUGUUCGUCAUCUACAGGAACCGAGAUCAUAUGAAGUCCAUGCUGAAGCAGGGCGAGUGCCCCAACAUGCAGCAGAAGAAGCCGAGGAUUGUGGGAAAGCCAGCUGAGAGCUUGCCCCUCAACGGUAACACCAUCCCUGUAUCCACCUCUGAUCACAAGGGCUACCAGACAUUAAAUGACAAUUACAUCUGCAGCACGCCCACCCACGAGUCCUCGCCGGACAACAGCAAGAGCUUCUCCGAGUCCUCCGACAGGCGGCCACUUAACGUGAAGGAGAGCCACGUGGAAUACUCCCCGACCUGCCCUCGGCCCAGAGUGAGGCUAGGCUCCGAGAUCAAAGACUCUAUCGUUUGAGAGCACAGUAUUUUGCUAAAAAGAUGCCACCCUGUAUCUCCAUGAAGGAUACAGGCCACUGAGCAAAGGAGAGGAGACCCUGACACCCCUCUACAUCACAGCACAUCUUUUUUUUUUUGUCAUCUUUUGUUCUGUGAUCAGUGCAGAGGUCAUUUACAUCCUUUAAUCAUUUCCGCUCCGAAGCCAGAGGUUGGUCUGGUUUGCUGCACAGGGCAGGAAGAGGAAGCAGCACUUUGGUUUCAACCAGGCUCAACCACCAUGGCUGCUGCUCAGAAUAGUUAGUUUAUUUGAGUCAUCCUCAUGGCCACUAAUGUGUGUGAGUGUAGGGCUGGGCAAUAUGAGGAACAAAUAAUGACACAAUAAACAGAAGACCUUCUCCUGAUAUCAAUAUUCAUCACAGUAUCCAACGUUAAAAUUUUUAGUUAAUGUCUAUCACAUGAUAUGAUUAAAAAAAAACAAUAAAUUAUGAAUAUCAAUAGGUUUCCCAGCCCUAUUUGAGCAUGUUACCUUCCACAUGCUCUGCACAAGAUGGAUGCCACAGAGGCCACACUUCAGUUUUUCCAAGUUACAGCUACAUGGUGACCUAGAGUUCAGGUUUAGGAGAUUAUAUUAUACAUGCAUUGCAUAUUCAUUUUGAUCCAAACAUUAUGGAGGCAAGUCAGAAGCACAUUUGUUCCUUUUGCUGGAUAAAUGUCCUGACUGUAUGAGGAUAAAGCUGCUGAACGAUGAGACCGACUGGGAGACGACGCCACCCGCGGUUGGAACAGGAAUUAAAAGGAGUGAAGGAAAGAUGAUCAAAAAAUGUGAUCAUAAAUUAUGCUCCAGGGCCUAAAUACUGACAUAAACCACCUGAAUGUAUGUUGUUCAAAGAUUUCAUUCACACGUCACUGUACCACGGACAAUUUAGGGAACCCGUUGCUCCACAGCUCUGCUCAUCUGAGACGGCCCUGUUCUUCAGUAUUGACCUGCAGGAACUAUGAAAAGGAGACACUGAUGACCCUGGUUUUGGAGGUGAAUAUGGAAAAGAGACCUCAGAUUAUGUCUGUCAAGGUGGACAUUAUAAGCACAGAGAGCCAAGAAAAAAAGGAGGACGUCCACUCCUCUACCAUCUUCAGGGCAGCACCGAAAUCAUCACGUGCACUGUGCCAAAACACAAAAACACGAUUGUCUUAUCUAAAUGCAAUAGUGCCAUUCUGUUAUGACCACUCCCAUGCUUUGCAAUAGCAUUGAUCACUGUCGAAGAGCACAUGGUGACGGGCCCAGAGGUGGGUUUCACAAAGGGUUUAAUGGCACUAAUAAUAAACAAAUGUGAAGUGCAAGGUUGGAAAUUUCUCUUAAGACUGUUAGCUCAUAACAAAGACUGUGUUUCAGACUGUGUUGGGCAAAAAUAAUUGACUUUCAAAGGAUAUGGCAUGGCGAAUACUUCAAGUGAAAACUUGUCUUGUUGUAAUCAGGUGAGAAAAUAUUCCAGUUUUCCUUCAGCCACCCUUAGAGGAGUCUAAUAUCUUCUUAGCAUACACUGAAACAAACCGGUACAACCAGUUUUGAAACCUUUGAGCUUGAUGAGCGCUAAAAACACAAACUAUCUAUUUAAUUAAUUGCUAAUAACUCAAUAUGAAAAAUCACAGAACAAUCAAUAACUGUCAGCAUACUGGAGAGAUAGUAUUUAAUAUUAUCUUAUCCAGACUGCAGCUGCACUACGUAGUGAUGUAGUUGCACAAAGCGCUGUAUCGGCUUAAUAUAACCCCUCUCCACCAGGUUACAUUUCUUACAUUCAUCGAGUUCCCCACACUCACUCGGCUGUCAUUGCGACGUUAAUGUGAAAGCACAAGUUAUCAGGGUCUUGAAUACUCACAGGUUUGCACACGUCAGUGAAAUCGGCUCGUACUUUUAAGAAAUGCAACUACUGAGAGACAGGUGUGGCUGCUGAGAAAAAAUGAUUUUUUUAAGAACGCUGUUAUUACAGGGACCAGUGCAGCCAUUACGAACACAAACUUGCACCCACAUUGCUUCAACACUUGAGACUUAACAAGCAGAAUUUCCCAAAGAUGUAGGAAGCUGAUGGUGUCGUGUUAAUCGGAAUGAGAAACAUUUAAACCGCCAUAGGGACUAUAUGGCACGACAUGUCUUAGAAUACUCCACCAACUCACUGUAUUGAUCAAAUAAGCCUACAGUAUACAGUAUAUUCCAGUAUCCUACAGAAUAAACAUUUUGCUAUUUCCAACGCUGAGCAGAUGACGUAAUGCUAUGUAACUGCUACAAGUUGACAAAGUGCACAGCAUACUGCGCAACAGUGGUCAGUGUUUCCUUUUGUUCAUUAUUUUAUGUUGUGUAUAUACAGUAUCUGUGCUAAAUAUUGUGUGUUUUUCAAGGGACCUUGUGCAAGAUGUGUUGUAGAGAUAGUCUUGAAACUAGAGAGUGAACACUGCUGAUAUUUUGUUUUCAUAGUGCUUCAAUGCCUACUUCAGCAUACAUUUCAAAUCUUGCACAGAAUACUGCGCAUGUCUCACCAUGCUGUCAGUUGAGCACCUGGACUGGUUUUUUUUAUCAAGCAUGUCCAAGCAGGAGGGGAAACUUGUUUUUAUUUUCAUGCGAAACUGAAUUAGAGGGGUGGUUUGAUCUUGUAGGAAAUAUGCUUAUUCAUUUGCCACUCAUGACUGCACGCUUAAUUUGAAGCUAACACCAGCAGCUGGCUAGAUUCCCUUGAAGACUUCUCAUUAUGCUUGUCUUUGUGCUAAGCUAAGUGGUUGUUGGCUGUAGCUUAUUCACCGUACAGACAUGGGUGGUGUCAAUCUUCUCAUCUAACUCUUGGCAACAACAAACAUAAGUGUAUUUCCAAAAAGGUCUAUCUAUUCCUUUAAUCUUGUUUGCUGAGACUAACCAAAUAAACAAGAGUAUAACAUUUGCCAACAAAUGUAUAAAUAGAAUAAAUCAGACUCUAAAAGCCUCGGUGCAAAGCAUUGUUUGCCACCACUGCUAAGACAGAUUUUCUAAACUAUAAAAUGUCUCUCUGGAGGCUGAAACCCCUGCUUCAGAUGCUUGGUGGAUAACCUCACAACAUAUUUUCAAAAAAUGCCUUUAGGUUUCAAGUUGUUCUGCCUUUAGCCACGCGCCACAUCGUACACUACCCAACAGAGAUGUGGUGACCGGCGUGAUUGUAGCCCUCCAUGGGCACACUUAACUCCACAACACGGGUCAACAGUAGAUUUACAGAUUCAUCCAAGCCAUCAAUAACUUUACCUGCAAACUACAAUACUGGGAGCUGCUCAAAAUUAUAUACCAUUCUGCAGUCUUUGCUUGUGUCAGAAGUGAUACUGUGCACAUAGGAAACAUCUUUCUGAAGUGGUCAAUAUUUAAUAAUAAUAAUAUAUGUAAUAAUGCUGAAGCUACAAUACCAUUAGACCUUCAUAAUUAAUAAUGCCAAAAAGGUAAAUACUAUAAAUGCAUAUUUAUUAAUGACGUGCUUUUCAUUUAAAAGCAGAUAAUGCCAUGGUGAUGAUGCUUCAUUUUGAGUGGCUCCUCAGUAAUGCAACAUACUGUACUGGACAUGAAUGUAGCCAACUAUUACAUAUUUUGUAGAACAUCUACCGCAGUCUAUUUUCCUAAAACUGCUUAAGUAGGUAAUCCAUUGCAACAUCUUUUUAGGAUUUUGUUCAAAGGGUCAUACUACAAAGAAAUGACACAAUAGAAGUAUUUAAUCAUUUGUGCUACACAAUGUAGUGCCGCAGUAGGAUGCAAGCACAGCUCCAAAUCCUCCAUAUCGUCUCAGCCAUGAGAUACACCAACAGCUUUGCCUCGGCAUACUGAACACCAUAAGCUUAGUUGACUGAAUAACUAUUAGACAAAUGUGGUCUUGCCUGCAUGAUUUCCUUUUUUAUUUGUUGUGUACAAAUAACAUUGUGAACUGUAUUUUUUGUAUCAUUGAGAUUGUGACUGUUGUUUUUAUUAUAUUGUACAUAAAAAGCACUUUAUUUUAAUUUUUUAAGAUAAAUGAAUAAAAUACAUGUU